UUAUGUUGAAUUCCAAUGGUAGAUCCAGAUCAAGUAUUUCUGCUCUGUGCGGAGCAAGUCUAUUCCAAUGGCAGAAUGGGAGCGUGAGUUGUGUGUUCCAAUGGCAGAUUGGGACCAGCCGCCGAUUCCGGAUCGCUCUGUGGAGCAAAAAUAUCUGCUCCGCCGAAAUCGGCAGAUUUCACCGGAAGUCCGCGUGACGUAUUUCCUUCACCCGCCUCUGCUUCCUGUCAUGGUCGCCUGUUUCCGGUCGCGGGCAGUAGACAUGGAAAACAUGGACGGCAUGGAUGCUGCGACGCGCCGUGCGCUUUUGUUCAUGCUACUAAAUAGUGACAGCUCCGACUCGGACACAAGUUCCAAGUCCAGUGACGAUUCUACCGACACCGACAGUGAAUGUGACGCUGCUGUGUGUCAACGGGCGUUUGAUGUGAUGUUUCGCCUGCCUGCAAAGAGGCCUAAAGUGAUUGGGUUCGUCGAGGAUGUCGUUCGGCGAUACUCGGACGACGAGUUCCGCAGGCACUUCCGUCUGUCGCGAGCUGUAGCGGAGCAGCUGAUUGCAAGAUUUGCUGCGUCGCCUGCGUGCCCGUCAAGUAACCACGGCGGAGUGCCCGCAAAAUCUGCAGAAACUCACGUGCUGACUUUCAUAUGGUAUGCAGCCAAUAAAACAAGCAUGAGGGAGGUGGCAAGCCGCUUUGAUCUGUCGGAGAGCUCUGUGCACAGAAUCCUUCUAAGGGUGGCUGAUUUUCUCCUCACCAUGGGUCCAUCUGUUGUGACAUUUCCUUCAAAUAUGGAAAAACUGUCCAGUGAAUUUCAGAAGGUGUCUGGAAUCCCUGGGGUUGUUGGCUGUCUGGAUGGCUCCUAUAUCAAAAUACAAUGCCCAGACAACAAGGUCUCUUCCACCUACUGCAACCGGCACCAUUACCUUUCAUUAACCCUUCAAGCAGUCUGUGACUACAAAAGAAGAUUCCUUGACACCUGCAUCGGAAGCUCGAGCAAAAUUCAUGAUUCUCGAAUCUUCAAGCUAUCAUCACUUUCCAAGAAACUGCCAAAACUAUGCGACAACAAUGCAUAUCACCUGCUUGGAGAUGCGGCCUAUCCCCUAAGGCCAUACCUUUUGACGCCUUUCCGAGAUUAUGGGGCGUUGUCAAAGGCACACGUAGAUUUUAACAAGAAGUUUUCAGCAACGAGGGUGCUGAUAGAAAAUAGUUUCAGCAACCUAAAAAAAAGGUUCCGGCAACUAAUUUACCUUGAGCUCCGCACUGUAGAGUGGCUCAACAAGUUUAUUAUUGCCUGUUGUAUACUGCAUAACUUAUGCAUUGAGUGUGGUGACUUGGAGCCAGAUGAACCCGAUGAUGAUGCAACACCUCAAGAUGUCCUGUGGCACCCACAAUCAUGCACCGAUGACCCGGACGAGACAACCGAAGAAACUUUGCUGCGCAGACUGGGAGAACUAAAGAGGAGCAAGGUGCUGGAAGCAGUGCUGCGAAAGCAGUAGUGGUGUGCUAUAAAUAAAGAACUCAUGAAAACGGCUGGUGUGUAAGGAGUGCAAUAAAUUAUUGUAAUGGCUCUUGGUGAUAUAUAGUAGAGCACUGCAGGGGCCAGUUUCUCGGCUCGGCUCGAGCACGAAAGUACCAUGCAUCACGGGCCGGGUUCUGUUCGACCCAUUGGCCCUUGAACCUAUACGAAGCUAGGUCGAAUUAUCAUUUAUUGUGGAGAUACUGUCAUGGGAUCAACAGGUGCUGGGCAGUCUUCAAGCUGCAUUAAAGCAGCCUCUUGCCUUGCGUCCCGUCUUGUUGGCUACUUAACGGUGAUCCGCAAGGCUAAUGAUCAUGUGCAAUCAUAAUGUCACACGGACCAUGGCAUUUUUAUCGCUUUAUUUGGCUUCAUUAUAAUGGUGUCAGUUUUUAAGUUGACAAUUUAGGAAUCCCUUGUUUUGCAAAAUAUGCAAAUUUGAACUCUGUCUACUUUUGCUUCAGUACAGUGCAUGUACAACGUAGCUAAUUUUCCAGUCAGAUUGGAAUAUGAUCUGCUUGUUUGCUCACGUGAAGUCGCAGGGAACCCCCUAGUGCUAGAAAAACAUACAUAGUGCAUGUACAACGUAACUAAUUUUUCAGUCGGAUUGGAAUAUGAUCUGCUUGUUUGCUCACGUGAAGUCGCAGGGAACCCACCUAGUGCUAGAGAAACGUACAUGGCUAACAUGAGGGUUGAGCCACUUAACUAGUGAAAAUAUAAUUCAAAAGGAAAAUUCAGAAACAAUAACAUUUUCUGCAUUCCAUUUUCUUUUCAUAUCCCUUUCACCAAUGUUGAGAAAUAUUGCAGCAUCUGCGUAGGCAAACUUAAGGAAAAAUGGACACCUGAAAGUUUAAAUUUAAUUAUUUGGACUGAUUGCGUGAUUAACUACGGCCGAAUAUUCAACUUGCUUGAACAAAUAAUGGUAACCAGUAGAGAGUUGCACUAUGCCUUAACACACAAAGAAAUUGUGAAUGACCUCUCCAGAAUUUAUUUGCUACCGCUGUAUUUAAUUACUCUAACUUUCUGAAAAUCUAUCGAUUUUUGUUUUUCCAAUAAAAUGAUCACGCACAGGCAGUGCAGAUUGGCACAUCAGUGACCGCUGUCGAAAAUAUACAUAUUUUUGUGCAGCAACAAAAUAUUGCAGACUACUGUGCCUCUAGGCAUGCCUUCUACAAAGAAGAAAUUACAUUGAUGGAAUGACCAAAGAGGCCUGGGCCCGAGUCAACAAUCGCUUAGCCGGCCCGGGCCCUUGCUUUAACAUAUAGUGCACUUUUUCCAACUUGGAACUAUAAUACUGUACUAAAUACACACGAACGAGCAGCACGGUGUGCUGUGUAACACAGCUUUGUUCGUAGGAAAAAAAAUGAUUUUAUUAACACUGCACAU